AUGUUGCGAGCCAUUGGACAUGCAGUACGACCUAAAUGCAAGAGGUUUUCAACCAUGGGUAUGGUGCUACAAAAGGCCCUUUUCAAUGACAAGAACAGGGCAAAUCCCAUCAAAUUGCCCGAUCGUGAUGAUCUUCUAAAUAUGUCUGAACAGCUCAAAAUACAGAGCUGUGCCACCAGUACCAGAGCUCAAAACCAGCUAAAUACCAUGAAGUAUCAGGAUAUACUCACUUCCAAUGGAUUCCAUUCGAAGCAAAGCGAAUCGAUUGUUGCCUUAUUGCUGGAAAUAUUGAAUGAUGAAUUCUAUUCAUCCUACAAUAAAAAAUAUCUCAAAAACAUGGAGCUAGAAAACCAAUCACAUUUAUUCCAUGCUGCAGAAACUGAGCUAAAGUUUGCUAUACAAAAUUCAAGAGAGUCGCAGCUGAAUGAUCAACAUCUGCAACUAAUGAAAUUAUUAAGAGAUGUUGACUCAUUGCAUGAUGAAAUCAAUGAGAUGAUAAUAAACCUAUUGCAGAAAGAUUCGAAAGUUGAUUUCAAUAAUCAAAAAAUCGAAAAUACGCUCCUACAGAAGCAAAUAAAAAUGGAAUUGAAUAAUUGUUCGCACAAGAUCACAACAAAAAUUCUAGGCAAUACUAGAUCUGACAUUGAAAACUUUAGAUGGCAAACCACCAGAUCAGGUCUCCUGGCUAUACUUGUGCUUGUUUUCAUGAUAAUGGGAGGUGCAAGUUUUUCUCGAAGAGUUGCUGCAUCCAAUGUACCCGUUCAAGUGACUUUACACACAGUGAACCCAGAAGAAGGUGAUCGCGACGAAGGAGACACAGAGGAGGAAGACGAAAACUGA